AUGGCCUCUCAUAGCACGAAACCAUCCAGCAGUAUACUCAUGCCACCAGCUUCCUCAACCUUGUUAGCCUCUACAUCCACGGCGUCAACGCCCUUAACCAACCCACACACCCCUCUCCUUCAGAAGACUCAUCAAAGCCAUGCCUUUCUCAAACCCAAAACCACCUUCCAUUAUGGAACCUCACCCAUGCCCUUCUCCAUCUCUUGUUCAUCCACCAUACAACCUUCCCUUCAAUCCCAAUCUCAAGAGCGGGUUUUUAAUUUCGCCGCUGGUCCCGCCACCUUGCCCGAGAACGUCCUCCUCAAGGCCCACACCGAGCUUUACAAUUGGUGCGGAUCUGGAACAAGCGUCAUCGAAAUGAGCCACCGCGGGAAGGAUUUCCGAGGCCGAUCUAUGUGCGCCUCUCGACAUAUCCGAAGACUCCGCCGUUUUGUUCCUCCAAGGUGGGGCGACAACCCAGUUCGCUUCUGUCCCUUUGAAUCUAUCAGCCUGAUGACACCGUUGAUUAUCUUGUUACUGGUUCGUGGGGAGACAAGGCUUUCAAAGAAGCUAAGAAAUACUGCAAACCCAAAGUUGUUUGGAAUGGGAAAUCGGAGAAUUACGUUAAGGUUCCAUCGUUUGAUGGGUUGGACUAAGCCCGAAUGCCAAGUAUUUGCAUAUAUAUGCGCCAAUGAGACUAUUUAUUGGGUCAAAGCAUCAGAAAAUCUGUAUGCACAGGAGGUAAAGCAAAGGAAGGAAAUUGAAAAAGCAUUACUCAAAAGCAUAUGGGACCCUUCAUGA